UCAGCGCCUACAUAGAAAAGCCUUGUUUGUCUGCGGUGGCAACUUUACAGCGACAAGAGGCUUUGAAAUACAACAGGCGCGUAAUUUUUCAUGGUAUCGCCUUCUCAGUGCUUUGAGUUUCUUUUAAAGUUCUGAAGGAUUACAAACAUUAAAUACAACAAAUCGUGUUUCGUGUGAGUUUUUUUCUCACACUCUGAGAAUUCCAUAAUCUUCCAUUCAAAAAAGGAACGAAAUCCACUGGGCGAGCAGCUGCGACGGCGCACAGGGCAAAGUGCCUGAAGAAGGGGACGUAAUUUUGCACUUUCGGAUGGGAUAUCUUAUUCCCCCUGGGGUUACCUGCAGGCUAGCAAUGAUCGGUUUGGGGCUAUUGUUUAAGGACGUUUUGUUUUAGGAUUAUAUUUUUUAUUUAACAGCCAGCGUUUUUUUGUGAUCUUUGGAGGAGAACUAAAAUCAUUAUUUAACAAUGCCGGAUCUAAUAUCAAUUUCGGAAUUUGUAUCCGAGACCAACGAAGAUUACAAAUCUCCUACGGCUUCAAACUUCACCACUCGGAUGGCACAGUGCAGGAACACAGUAGCUGCGCUGGAAGAGGCACUAGAUGUUGACCGAAGUGUUUUGUACAAAAUGAAGAAAUCUGUGAAAGCGAUUUACACCUCUGGUCUUGCACAUGUGGAAAACGAAGAACAGUAUACACAGGCCUUGGAAAAGUUUGGAGAAAACUGUGUCUACCGAGAUGACCCCGAUUUGGGCUCUGCUUUCCUCAAGUUCUCUGUGUUCACAAAAGAGCUGACAGCCCUUUUCAAAAAUCUGUUUCAAAACAUGAACAAUAUCAUUACAUUUCCACUGGAUAGUCUUCUAAAAGGUGAUCUGAAAGGCGUUAAAGGGGAUCUGAAAAAGCCUUUUGAUAAGGCCUGGAAAGAUUAUGAAACAAAAGUUACUAAGAUAGAGAAAGAGAAGAAAGAACAUGCAAAGCAGCAUGGGAUGAUUCGGACUGAAAUCAGCGGGGCAGAACUUGCUGAGGAAAUGGAAAAGGAAAGGCGAUUCUUUCAGCUACAGAUGUGUGAGUAUCUUCUGAAAGUUAAUGAGAUCAAGAUCAAGAAAGGAGUUGACUUGCUUCAGAAUCUUAUUAAGUACUUUCAUGCCCAAUGCAAUUUCUUUCAGGAUGGACUGAAAGCUGUGGAAAGCCUUAAGCCAUCAAUGGAAAAGCUGGCUACAGAUUUGCAUGCGAUAAAGCAAGUUCAAGAUGAAGAAAGAAAACAGCUGACCCAGCUUAGAGAUGUCCUGAAGUCUGCCUUGCAGGUCGAACAGAAAGAGGAUUCACAGGUCCGUCAGAGCACUAUGUAUAGUUUGCAUCAACCUCAGGGAAACAAGGAACAUGGCACUGAAAGAUGUGGAAACCUGUACAAGAAAAGUGAUGGUAUUAGGAAAGUGUGGCAAAAAAGAAAAUGCAGUGUUAAAAAUGGAUAUCUGACAAUAUCUCAUGGGACGGCUAACAGACCACCAGCCAAGCUCAAUUUACUGACUUGUCAAGUGAAGCCUAAUCCAGAUGAGAAAAAAAACUUUGAUCUCAUAUCACAUGACCGAACAUACCAUUUUCAAGCAGAAGAUGAGCAAGAAUGUCAAGUCUGGAUGUCCGUGUUACAGAACAGCAAAGAAGAAGCUUUGAACAAUGCCUUCAAAGGUGAUCAUAAUGUCGGGGAAAACAACAUUGUUCAGGAACUGACAAAAUCCAUUAUGGCAGAGGUGAAGAGAAUGACAGGCAACGAUGUCUGUUGCGACUGUGGGGCAUCAGAUCCCACAUGGCUCUCAACAAAUCUUGGAAUUCUGACGUGUAUUGAAUGCUCUGGAAUUCACAGAGAGCUUGGUGUUCACUAUUCAAGAAUACAGUCUCUCACACUUGAUGUUCUGGGAACCUCAGAACUCUUGCUGGCCAAGAAUAUUGGAAACUCUUCAUUCAAUGAGAUAAUGGAGGCUUGUAUUUCAGCAGAUGUUGUUAAACCCAGUCCUGCUAGUGACAUGAAUGCACGAAAGGAUUAUAUCACUGCCAAAUACACUGAAAAGAAGUAUGCUAGGAAGAAGUGCACAGAAAAUGCUGCUAAACUGCACGGUUUGUGUGAAGCAGUGAAAGCCAGAGAUAUAUUGUCAUUGGUACAAGUCUAUGCCGAAGGUGUGGACAUGACUGAGCCAAUCCCUCUCGCAAAUGGACAUGAGCAAGGAGAAACUGCACUUCAUCUUGCAGUGAGGCUAGUGGACCGUACUUCACUCCAUAUAGUGGACUUUUUAGUACAAAAUAGUGGCAAUCUGGAUAAGCAGACUGCAAAGGGUAGCACCGCUCUGCACUACUGUUGCCUGACAGAUAACAUUGAGUGCCUCAAGCUGUUACUGAGGGGGAAGGCCUCCAUUGAAAUAGCCAAUGAAGCUGGUGAAACGCCGCUGGACAUUGCAAAGCGUCUGAAACACACUCAGUGUGAAGAGCUGCUGACACAGGCUUUAUCUGGGAAGUUUAACGCACAUGUCCAUGUGGAAUAUGAGUGGAGGCUGAAACAUGAGGAUCUAGAUGAGAGUGAUGAAGAUAUGGAUGAGAAGCAGCCCAGCCCUUUGCGCAGAGAUGAAAGACCUAUCAGCUGUUAUCAGCCUCCCAGCGCUCCUCUUCAACCCACAGCAGCUGCUUUGGCAAGAGACGCAGCAAACCUUGUUAAGGACAAGCAGAGAAGUUACGUUCCAAGCAUGAUCAACAAUGAGACGUAUGGAACAGUUCUAAACACCAGCCCAAUUUCAAACCAGCCAGCAGCCCCAGUGACCACCAGUGGUCCUCCACUGCCACCAAGAAAUAUAGCCAAAGUUCAGUUCCCAGUUCCAGGUCCAGGAGUACAGACCACAAGCUCCAAUAUGUGGAAGUCUGGAUCCUUGGGAAUAGAAAACAACAGCAGGCAGAGAUCCUCAUCUGACCCCCCCAAUAUUCAACCACCCGUUCCUCCUGUUCGUGUGACUUCAACAGCAAAUCCUCCUCCACCAGCCGCACCUCCACCACCUGUGGCAAAAACAGUUAGUGUUAUGGAAGCAAUGAAUCUUCAGUCAAAACAGCCAGGACCACCUCCUCUCCCUCCUGUGAAGCCGACACCACCGCCACUUCCUCCACACCCACCUGGCAGAGCCACACAACCAAAAUCUCCAGCCAGUACUGAGAAAACAUUCAACAAAGGACCUCUUGGACUGGGAUCGGUUCCUAAACCAGAAAAAGAAUUUAAGCCGGCAGCAGGGUCACAGUUGGGAUCCUCUCAGAACUCCACUGGACAGACCCAGGCUCCUGCUCCAAUGCCAAGAAAGUCCUUUGCUCAAAAACAGAAGCCAAAACGUGUCAAGGCCAUUUACAACUGUGUGGCUGAUAACCCUGAUGAGCUGACCUUCACAGAAGGAGAAGUGAUCAUUGUGGAUGGGGAGGAAGAUCAUGAGUGGUGGCUGGGCCACAUUGAAGGAGAUCCUACCAGAAGAGGAGCCUUUCCUGUCACCUUUGUCCACUUCAUCGUCGACUGAGGACCACCUCUUCCAUGCUUGUACUCCUCUCAUUUGCACUGGAGUGUCCAGCGUCCAAGCGCAGGAGGUGUGGAGUGGAGUCGAGCUCUUUGCUCUCGGAGCAGAAGUAAUCUAUGCAGGUCUCCAGUGAGAGGUUUUCACCAGUGCGUCUGUCCCUCUGUUUGUACCAAACACGACUACCUGCGUUUCAUCGUGAAUUUUCAGGAUGCACUUCCAAUCUGUAGCACAUGCCUAAACAAGCCUUCUGUUGCAAUAAAUGCACUUUUCGUAACGGUGGAACAACUGUGGUUAUUAAGGAAGAAACAAAAUGGGUGAGCGGUUUUUAAUUUUUUUAUAGGCUGGAGAUCAGAACUGGAAUACCAAACAUUGUUAUUAAAAAUGCUGCAAAAAUGCUAAUUUAAUGCAGUAGCAUAUUGUGUAUAUGAUGAUCUAUGGACAUGUAUAAGCUAAAUUUAAAAAGGAUGGUGCCUAUGGGAUUUAUUCAUGAUAAGCAUUAUAUUUAUUGCAUGUUUUAAGCAAAAAAAAAAAACUAUACUGGAACUUUUACUGGAAUAUGUCAAGCAGUAAGGAUACAGAAGUCUACCUGCACCCCAAGCCCUCCCCACUUUGCUGAACUUUAUAUAUGAAUAUGGCAGACCACGCAUGGCACAGCUCCACCUGGUUAAGCCAUUAUUUCAGGAAUCCCAUUUCUCCAAGGCACCGGGAAGCCCCUCUCAGUUGGGUCCAUCCUGGGGAUUUUUUGCUGCCUGGUUGGCCUUGGAGCUUUAGGAUCAAGACGUCAAAAAGAACAGCAGUUCUACUUGACACGACCUAAAGCAUACGUACGCAUGUAUUCUGGACUUGACACUCCUUUGAAAUUCGCUUUUAGACUUCGAAAGACGUUUGUACACUAAAGCCUCGCAGUCCAGUCUCUUUGCUUUUGCACGCCAUGGGAUGUUUUGCAUGUGCGUCUGCAUCUUCCCGAUUCUGAAUUUACCAGGAGGCAUGAAGGAAAUGCAGAAAAUUCAUAGUGCGAGAGGAUUUCCCUCACAAAGAUGACUUACUGUAUACCUAAGCAAAACUUUUUAUUUGGCAGCCACCAAGUGCGGGUGCUGGCGGGCAUCUUGUCGCUGCCCAUCUUACUUGAAAUGCCACAUCCACAGCUUUAUACGAAAUCUCCUCCACAGUAAUAACCUGAACUGUUUUUAGUGACUCCAAAUUGCUGCCAUGUUGUCACUCAUUCAGGUUGUCUAAAUAAACACGAAGGUGAUGAUGAGAAAUCUGCUUGUUCACUAAAAUAUCUGCCGAGGACUCCAUGUUGUUGAACAAAUGAUAAUUCUUUGCUCUUUUUAGAAAUUGUUGUUUAUUUAUUUUGGCAGAAACGUAGCAGAGCUAAGGAGUAAAUCUGCUGCACUGACACAUGAUGUGAUGUCAUGAGCCCCCGAUUGAGAAGAGUGACCAUGUUAGUGUGUCCGCCUGGGCUACAGGAACGUUCCUUUAGCUCAGCAGACCAAUAUUCAUAAACUUUCCAGUCUGCUGCUGUGCUGGCAGUAAAUUUAAAAUCAGGUAGAAAGUGGCCUGCAACUGAAACGGUGCGAACACCUUUUCUAACAUAUCACCAUUCUAUCAGAUGCUAAAAAGACCUAAAUGAGCCGGGAGCUGAAACAACUUACGGGAUAAACCGUUCCCAGCUUACUCAACACGUUCUGCCGUCUCCCACCACGUGUGAGAAAACACGACGUCCAAAUCCCUGAGGGCUGCUUAGUUACAUUCCUUGAAGUUUUUUGUAUUUUUUUUGGAGAUAUUUUUGAAGAGGUCCUUUGGUGAAUGUUAAUCAGAUUUUUUUAUGUUUUUCUAUGAGUUCAAAUUUUCAGUACAACAAAUGCAACACAUUUGUAUUUUUAAAUACAUAAGUGCACACUCACUCACACACACACACAGACAAUAUAUAUUAUAUAUAUAUAUAUAGUUUAAAUCCAUUUAAUGUAAUGAGUUUGAUUUAGUUGCAGAGCAACUGUACAUACUGUAUAUCCUUGAGAGACUUAUUCCUGACUGCUGUUAGCGGAGACUUGACAGCAGAGCAUGUGUAAUAAUAAAUGGAUGUGCCACAUAAUCCUUCUUUCAUCUGUUUAUUCCCAGGGAUUGUAACAAUAAACCCGUUACUGUAUCUAAUCGUC